AAACUUAUUAAAUAGUUUAUUAAUGCGCAACAUAAUGGCAAACUUGUCUUAAUGAAUCUUGAGUACUCGUGAGAGAAGAAGAGGAAGAAGAAGUCUUGGGUGGAAUAAUGGCGGCUGUCAGAAUAGGCAGCAGUGCCGUGCCUAUCUUCAUACCCGAACAGGCUCUGCAGUCUCCGAAGAAGGAAGGGUCCACGCUAUUUUCAUCCACGUGUAAGUGCUGCGCCCAAAAAUGUCUCCCAAGAAGAACCAGAGCCAGGCGCAAACUGAUUCUAGCUGUCUUAGUUAUGCUUUUUGUCCUGUCAAUUUUACCAUUUCUGUUUCUGACUUUACUGACAAAUAAAAUUGGCCAGCAGACAUCUUUGUCGAAGAAAGACGAAUUGUCUGCAGAAAUCAGGGAGGAGACAUAUUCUGAUGCUCUUCAACAGAGUGAAGAACAGAACGAAAAUCAGAAAAAUAUAUUGUCAGCUGCUAAUUCGCAACAGACCGCGGAGCUCAAGAAAUUAGUCACAUUCAUUUCGCAAUCAUCACAAACAUAUCGACAGCAGGCAGUGAUGGAAGCGUGUAGACAUGCAUGGUUGGGUUAUGAGCAGUAUGCCUGGGGCAAGGAUGAGUUAAAGCCAAUUAGCAAGAAGAGCAGCACCUGGUUCGAUCUGGCACUCACUCUAGUGGACAGUCUGGACACACUAUGGAUCAUGGACAUGCAGCCAGAGCUGGAGAAAGCGAUGAUGUUCAUGCGAGACAGCUUCAAAGUAGACGUGAACAGAGAUGUCAAUCUGUUCGAGACCACAAUCAGAGUGCUUGGAGGACUUCUUUCCAUGUACAAUCUAUCACACGACGAACUAUUCCUUCUCAAAGCGAAAGACCUCGGUGAGCGACUGCUACCCGCCUUCAGCUCGAAGACUGCAGUUCCAUUAUCAGAUGUGAAUCUGCACACGAAGGUGGCCAGGCACCCUAAGUGGGGAGCAGACAGCUCCACUUCCGAGGUCACAACUAUCCAGUUGGAGUUCAAAGAACUGUCCAGACUGGUGAACGAAUCUGUAUACAGGGAUAAGGCUCUCGCAGUAUCUAUGCAUGUACGAAGUCUGGAGAAACGAGACAAUCUGGUGAAUUAUUUCAUCAACCCCAACUCAGGAAAGUUUCGACCGGGUGUGCUGACUCUGGGAGCUAGGGCAGACAGUUAUUAUGAGUAUUUACUCAAACAGUACAUACAGACGAACUACACCGAACCUAUAUUCCGAGAGGAGUUUGAGAAAGCAGUGCAAGGUAUAACUGCACGGCUCACCCGUCAGACGGAGAAGCAGAAAUUGUGGGUGGUGGGAGAACAGUCAGUAUCUCAAGCAUUCCUUCCCAAAAUGGACCACCUCGUCUGUUUCUACCCGGGUCUUCUGGCCCUAGCGAGUAUACACGGGUUCGAACCACGUCAUCACUACAUGAGUCUGGCAGCUAACAUCACGGAGACAUGCUACGAAAUGUACAGAGCACAACCCACUGGACUAGCUCCAGAGAUUAGUCAUUUCCAUAUGAGCGAACAAGCAAAAUCACCCAAUGCAGCUGGUGUAAAAAGUGGAGGGGCGGUGUCCGGGGGAGAUUUGUAUGUGAAGACUCUUGACAGGCAUUACCUGCUUAGACCUGAAACAGUGGAGUCGCUGUUCUACUUGUACAGAAUUACAGGUGACACAAAGUACCAAGAGUGGGGCUGGGAAAUAUUCCAGUCAAUUGAAAAGUAUACCAAAGUUCCCUCGGGUGGCUACACCAGUAUAAGCAAUGUGCUAGAUCAGAACAAUGUGCAACCCAGAGACAAAAUGGAGAGCUUCUUCAUCGGAGAAACGCUGAAAUAUUUGUUUCUUCUCUUCGAUGACACACGAACUCUGUUGCCCUUGGAUAAGUUUGUGUUCAACACGGAAGCACACCCACUGCCUAUUUUCAACCCCACACAAAAGACAAACUAAAAAUGCAGUGAUUUUCUACAACGAACAAUCGAUAGUAUUUAUUGAAGAGUGACUAAGCAAGUCGGUAAAAGA